UUUUCUUGCCAAAAUUUCAAUAAUAAGAUCUAAAUAACAAAACAAACUCUAUCUCAUAAAAAAAAAUGGUGAUCACAAGCAUAGAUGAACAUCCAAACUAUGAUAGAUUAAGUGAGCUACAAUGUUUUGAUGACACAAAAUCUGGGGUGAAAGGGCUAAUAGAUUCAGGAAUAUCAAAACUCCCUCUUAUCUUUUAUGACCCAACAAAUGAUUUGAGUAACAAAAACUCAAUUUGUGAAGAAUCCCAUUUGAGUAAUAAUAAUAAUAAUAAUAAUAAUAAUAAUAUUCCAAUUAUAGACCUUGGAGGAGUUACUACUCAAAGGAAGGAGAUUGUUAAUAGAGUUAAAGAGGCAUCUGAGACUUGGGGUUUUUUCCAAAUUGUCAACCAUGGAAUUUCGGAGAGUGUUCUCGAGGCGAUGAAGAACGGGGCUCGGCGGUUUUAUGAGCAAGAUGAUGAGAAGAAGAAAGAGUUUUACACUAGAGAUGUUACUAAGAAGUUUGUGUAUAAUAGUAACAUUGAUUUGUUUCAUUCUUCAGCUGCUCAUUGGAGAGACUCUUUUUUUAGUUAUAUGGCUCCUAACCCUCCAAAUCCACAAGAUUUGCCUGAGGCAUGCAGGAAUGAGAUGAUAAUGUACACAAAGGAAGUAAUGAAACUAGGCUCUUGUUUGUUUGAAUUGCUGUCUGAGGCUCUUGGUUUAGAUUCAAACUACCUUAAGAAGAUGGAAUGUGAUGAGGGAUUAGUGUUUAUAAGCCAUUACUAUCCGCCAUGUCCCGAGCCAGAACUAACCAUGGGAAUAGCCAAACAUUCCGAUAAUGACUUCCUCACUGUUCUUCUCCAAGACCAUAUCGGCGGCCUCCAAGUCUUGCAUGAGAAUACUUGGUUCGAUGUUCCACCACUGGAUGGGGCUUUAGUUGUUAAUAUUGGAGAUCUUUUACAACUUAUAACAAAUGACAAGUUCAAAAGUGUAAACCAUAGAGUGUUGGCUAACCGUAAAGGGCCAAGAAUAUCGGUGGCAUGUUUUUUCAGCACCAGUUUUCAGCCCUCUUCAAGACUCUAUGGUCCCAUUAAGGAACUCUUAUCCGAAAAUAAUCCUCCGAUCUACAGACAAACCACAGUGCAAGAGUAUGUUUCGUACCUCGCCACACAUGGCAUCGAUAGCCCGCUUCAACGGUUUAGGAUUUAAACUUGCAUAUGUCGCGAUUUUGAUGAAGCUACUUAUAAACAUUUUGGCCAUUAUGUAGUUUUGGAGAAUAAAUAAUGGACUUUUCUUUGUGUUCAUUAGGAAAAAAUAUUUUAAAACUUAACAUAUGGUUUGUUUGUUAUUAUUAUGUUAUGCUCAAUAAAAGUGAAAUGUUAGGAUUUAGAUUCA